GUCUUUCCCUCUCUCUCUCUCUCUGUGCGAUUGGGAAGGAAAAUGGUGUCGGUGACCUUCAUUCGAAGCGUGAUUGGGAUAAUUGGAAAUGUCAUUUCCUUCGGCCUGUUCCUCUCACCAUCGCCCACGUUUUACCGGAUAUGGAGGAAGGGCUCCGUCGAAGAUUUCUCGGCCAUACCCUACUUGGCCACGGUGUUGAACUGUGCAGUGUGGGUGUUGUAUGGCCUCCCAUUUGUUCACCCUCACAACAUAUUGGUAGCCACAAUCAAUGGCAUCGGCUUGGCCAUUGAGUUCAUUUACCUUCUCCUCUACUUCACUUACUCCACCAAGCAACAAAAGGUGAAGCCAUUGCUGAUUCUAAGUGUUGAACUCAUUUUCAUGGCGACCGUCGUUACUGUAACCCUGGCUGCCUUACACACAUAUGAAAGCAGGUCUUUAAUGGUGGGCAUCCUUGGCAUCAUAUUUGGCACCUGCAUGUAUGCCUCGCCUCUCAGCGUCAUGCGGCUGGUAAUCAGGACGAAGAGUGUGGAGUUCAUGCCUUUCAAUCUUUCUCUAGCUGCCUUCUUAAAUGGUCUUUGCUGGACCGUCUACGCACUGCUUCCCUUGGAUAUCAACCUCUUGAUUCCUAAUGGGCUUGGAGCAGUACUUGGAGCCACCCAGUUGAUCCUCUAUGGAUGUUAUUACAGCUCCCCUCCAAAGAAAGCAAGAACAAGUGUUACAGUGCCACCAAAGCAGGAGAUCCAGUUGCCAUACGGCGGUCCAGUGCAAGAGAAUGAAGGAAAAGCAGGUGUUUGAUCUGAAAUAGUAAAUGGAUCUAACUGGAUCCAAUGGUCAUUGGGUUUUAUGGGUCCAAUGGCUGAUCCUUUGUCUUCAUGCUUCUUUUUUCUUAUUUGGGUUUUAGAUUUUAGGGUGGGAUUUUGCUAAUAGAGGCAUUAAAACCCCUGACUUUCAAACCAAACCCUUAUUCGGGUCAAUAGGACUUUUUUGACCCGUGGUUUGAUCUUUUGGUGCAUAAUAAUUUCAAGACAUUUCAAAGCACUUGAGCAGCUUUGGCUCGUCCUGUGUAUGACCCUUCAUAAAUUAAUAAAAAAACUCAGUUCUGC